AUGUCUAACAACUACACCUGCGUCCCCGUCAUCAAAUGGCUAGUCCGAACCCUCCGUAACGACAACGUCGAAGCAGACGGACUAGCCACCUGGAACGCAAUCUUAAACCUACGAUUCCCAUCAACACAAGGCUUCUUCAUUCGCCCAUACACCCACAGUGGUGCACGAGGAUGUCGAGACUGGACCGAACUCCAACUUUCACAUUUGAAAGAUGGUCUCCAGAAUCCAGUUCUUGUGUUGUACUAUCAACGUGCCGAUAGAGCGGAUGAUAAUCAGUGGGAAAAUGGACAGAAAGAGCUACAGCUGUAUCUUGCGUUUCGGUAUCGCAAUUUCGCGGAAGAUGCAGCGCCUAUCUAUGGCAUUCUUGCUAUUGGUGCUAAGUUGAAGAUCUUCCAGUAUGAUAAUCCCUCUCGGAGUAUUGAAAGAUUUGUUCCGCCUUGGGAUUUGGAGCGGCAUGAUGAGCAGGUGUGGAAUAUGCUUAGGAGAAUCAGCAGGAAUCACACUGGUGGUGUGGUGGGUGAAGUAAAAAAUGUCAAGAUUGAGGCUGGUGGACAGGGAAAUGAGGGAACGAAGAAUGUUUGA